AUGCGUAUUGUGGGAGACCAAAUCACAAACCUUGCUGAAGUCAAGGAUCCAUUGGUGUCUCCUCCUACACGGAUUUAUCCAUUUGUCAUGGAAAGCAAUCAGGCAGAGAUGUUGAGUUUAGAAGGCAAACCCUAUGGCAAAUCAUCUUCUCCCAGUGUAGGAUCAGAAAUCCUGACGUGGAGCUUUGUGUGCUCUAAAACAGUACGAGGACGGGGUAGCAAAACUCUCCAGUUUAAUGUUGUGCACUACUGCACCGAUUUCAUCUGGGGGCUGGCCGGCUACCAGUGCGAGGUUUGCAACUUCAUGUCUCAUGAAAAGUGCCUCAAGAAUGUCAAGAUACCAUGCUCAUGUAUUGCUCCCAGCCUUGUAAGGGUUCCAGUUGCACACUGUUUUGGGCCUCCAGGACAUUACAAAAGAAAGUUUUGCACUGUGUGCAGGAAGUCACUGGAGUCACCUGCCUUUCGAUGUGAAGUUUGUGAGCUACAUGUGCACACAGACUGUAUCCUGUUUGCUUGCAGUGACUGUCGACAGUGUCACCAGGAUGGGCACCUGGACCACGAUACUUACCACCACCACUGGAGAGAGGGAAAUCUUUCUUCAAGUGCUCGUUGUGAAGUUUGCAAAAAAACCUGUGGGUCUUCUGAGGUGCUCUCUGGCAUGAGAUGUGAAUGGUGUGGCAUCCUGGCUCAUGCUGCUUGCUACAUAAUUGUCACACCAGAAUGUACCUUUGGAAGAUUAAGGAAUAUGAUUCUUCCUCCGAGUUGUGUGCAGUUAUUUUCUCGCAACUUCAGCAAAUUGCACUGUUUUCGAAUAUCAGAAAAUUUGCAAACCGAAUCAGAUGAAGAUGAUGAUGUUGAUGGUUCAACACAGGGAUCAGCAAAAGAUGUCCAGAUUUCAACAGACUCAAGUAAACAAACAUUGAAGAUAUUUGAUGGGAAUGAUGCAGUGAAACGCAAUCAAUUUCGACUGAUUUCAGUUCCAAGGAUUGCAAAAAAUGAAGAAGUUGUGGAGGCUGCUUUGAGGGCGUACUAUAUAAAUGAUGACCAGCAGGAGUACGAGCUGCAGACCUUCACGCAGCAGGUGCUGCUCUCUGAUGAUGUUAUCAACAGGAACGAUGCUGCAGAGGACAGCAACUUGGGCUCAGUAUUCCGAGAAUCCAUUCCUGAAGCUUGGAUCAUCAGAGCCAAACCAAAGGACGAGGAAGUGAUCAGAAUUUAUCCUGCCUGGCUAAAGGUGGGAAUGGCAUAUGUUUCUCUACGAGUAAAUAAGGAUAGCACGGCGCAGACUGUGAUCAAAGAAGUGCUUCCAUUACUUGGAAGGCAGACGGAGUGCCUCCAGAAUUUCAAAUUGGUAGAAGUGCUUAUGGGCAGUAAGCAAGUUCAGCGCAUGGUUUUGGACAAUCAAGAACUGAUUCUUAACAGAUUCAAGGACAUACGAAAGACUUCAAUACGUCAGAUGAAUCAAACAAGAUUUUACAUUGUGGAAAACAGUAAAUCCAUUGUGCAAGUAAAUUUAUUUGUUGGUGGCCUUCCACCUCAGCUUUCUGCUGAAGAAUACACAAAUAUUCUCAAGGAAGAAUUAGCUAUCAAAACAAAUGUAGUAUCCGUGAGUCAUGUUUAUCAAGCACAAGGUGCUGUUGUACUCCAAAUUUCAUGUUUUUCUGAAGCUGAAAGAAUAUAUAUGCUAGUUAAAGAUACUGUUAUCAAUGACAAGCCCCUGAAUGCUGUGGUGAUUCCUGAAGUUAUGGCUUCCAAGAUACCACAGAAUUGCUGCCCACUUCUCGUAUUUGUGAAUCCAAAAAGCGGUGGGCUGAAAGGUCGGGAUCUGCUGUACAGUUUUAGAAAGCUGCUAAACCCACAUCAGGUCUUUGAACUUACCAAUGGGGGCCCACUUCCUGGGUUUCACACGUUCUCCAAAGUCCCCUCCUUCCGAGUGCUGGUGUGCGGAGGGGACGGCACCGUUGGCUGGGUCCUUGGUGCACUCGAGGAAAUCAGGCACAAGCUGGUGUGCUCAGAGCCCUCAGUUGCCAUCUUACCUUUAGGAACAGGUAAUGACCUGGGGAGGGUCUUGCGAUGGGGAGCUGGCUACAGUGGGGAGGACCCAUACUCCAUUUUGGUUUCUGUGGAUGAGGCAGAUGAUGUUCUUAUGGACCGCUGGACUAUCCUUUUGGAUGCGGAAGAGCCGGCUGAAGGUGCAGAGAAUGGCAUUGGAGAACCUGAGCCUCCAAAGAUUGUACAGAUGAACAAUUACUGUGGUCUUGGCAUUGAUGCAGAGUUGAGCUUGGACUUCCAUCAUGCUAGAGAAGAAGAACCAGGGAAAUUUAAUAGCAGGUUUCACAACAAAGGAGUUUACGUGAAAGUUGGGCUGCAGAAGAUAAGUCAUACUAGAAACCUUCACAAGGACAUAAAGCUGCAAGUGGACCAGCACGAGGUGGAGUUACCAAGUAUAGAAGGACUCAUUUUUAUUAAUAUACCCAGCUGGGGCUCUGGAGCCGAUCUCUGGGGUUCUGACAGCGAUAAUCGCUUCGAGAAGCCGCGCAUCGACGACGGACUGCUGGAAGUUGUUGGUGUGACUGGCGUCGUUCACAUGGGUCAAGUCCAAGGUGGUUUUCGAUCAGGAAUCCGCAUAGCCCAAGGCUCAUAUUUUCGUGUAACACUCCUUAAGCCAAUUCCAGUUCAAGUUGAUGGAGAGCCCUGGAUUCAGGCCCCUGGCCAGAUUAUAAUUUCUGCUGCAGGACCAAAGGUCCAUAUGUUGAAAAAAUCCAAGCAGAAACAGAAAAAAACUGGAAGCCUGAGAGAGAUGAAAAUGGAUAGCAUGUCAGUCUCUGAAGGAGGACGCUAAGUGGAGACCUGUGUUCAGAAGUGAUGCAGCACACCUACUGUAGAUACCAAGCUGGUUCAGUAAAACCAAGUGCAGACAACUCCUGAAGAGUGUUGCCUAUACGAGCGUGCCUUUCAUUACAUUUUGACAGUACUGGGUUCUACUUUGUCUUUCAAAGAUAGUGCCUCAUUGUCACAAAUAUCAUGUAACACUUGUCUCAUCUGAAA